AUGCCUCAAGAGUCUAUAGAAAUAUAAAUGUUAAAACAACAAGUUUAGUUAUUACAAUAAGAACUUCAAUAAAUUCAUUAAUAUGGCAAUAUACGCAUUCUUUGGAAUAAUAUAUUCUCAAAAUUAGAGACCAUCACAUUCACAUCUCAACAACCUCUCAAAAUCUAUUAACAGUUGAUGUUUCGACAAAGCCUAUCUCAAGAUCAAAUCAAACCAGAUUAUCUUAGUUAAGAUGCAGAAUGUCAGACUGAAGAUGAUUAAAUUAAACUCAAUGUACAAGACACAAUCAAAUCCUGCAUUUCAUCAAUCAAAAUCGAAUUGAAACUACAAUAAGACAAGUAUCUCCAAGAGAAUUUCAAUUAAAUCGAACUCUGUUUAGAAAAUAUUCAAAACUACUCAAAACAAAAGUAGAUCAAAUCAAAGCAAAAAUUAAGAUCAUCCAUUAAUUCAUCUCUCUCUAUACCAACGACCAUCAUUAAAUUAUCCACAAAGGAAAACUACAUACCAAAACCUAUUAGCAAUUUAGAAGAGGAGGUUAAGGUAUGAAUGCAAUAUAAGUCUUAGGACUCUCAAAUUAAUAAUCUAAAAUAAUAGAACCAAGCUCUGAAGUAGGAUAUUUCAAAUCUAUAACUAAUUAAUAAUUAAUUAAGCACACAAUUAGAGGAAAAGGAAGCCAAAUUAAAACUCUUGAAUUUUAUGGUAUUGAAUCAACAGCAACAAAAUACUAAAAUAGGAAACAUGAUAUGUGAUAAUUUUAAAAUAUGA